GUAACAAAAUUCCUCUAUGCGACGUCCUCAGUGGACUUACCAGAUGGUAUGAUGGUGAAGUCUUUGUCGAGGGAGGCAUGGAGUAAAGAAUCCAAUUGGAUUGGUUACGUUGCGGUGGCGACUGAUGAAGGGAAGGAAGUGUUGGGAAGGAGAGACAUCGUGAUUGCAUGGAGGGGUACGGAGCAGGCUUUGGAAUGGGCUAACGACUUGAACUUCAUAUUGAUCUCUGCUGAGGAUUCCAUAUUUGGGUCCGAUUCCAACGAUGUUGAUGUGCAUGGGGGUUGGUACUCCAUGUAUACUUCCGAUGAUCCACGCUCCCUUUACAACAAGUCCAGUGCAAGAGCUCAGGUAUUGGGUGAGCUGAGAAGACUAGUGGAGAAAUUCAAAAACGAAGAGAUCAGUAUAACUAUAACAGGCCACAGCUUGGGAGCAGCACUUGCAACACUAAACACAGCAGACAUAGUUGCCAAUGGAGUGAACAAGCCCAAGGACAUGCCAAACAAUGCCUGUCUAGUGACGGCCUUCGUCUUCGCAAGCCCCCGCGUUGGAGAUGCCAACUUCUGGAAGUUCUGCUCUGGAUUAGAUGACCUUCGAGUGUUGCGCAUCCACAACGUCCCUGACAUUGUCCCCAAAUACCCACUCUGGGGUUACUCCGAUGUUGGACAAGAACUAGUGAUCGAUACUAGAAAGUCUAACUACUUGAAGAGUCCCGGCAAUUUUUCAAGUUGGCAUAACUUGGAGGCGUACCUACAUGGUGUCGCUGGCACUCAAGGGGCCACAGGAGGAUUCAUGCUUGAAGUUGAUCAUGAUAUCGCACGUGUGAACAAGUUCAAGGAUGCGUUGAAGGAUGAAUAUCAUGUGCCUAUUUCGUGGUGGGUUGAGAAGAAUAAUGGAAUGGUUCAAGUUGCUGAUGGCUCUUGGAUGUUAAUGGACCAUCAAGAGGACAUUGAUUUUGGGGUUUGAUUG